AUGAUUGGUGUACUUACUGUUGUCAUUACUCUACAACAACAAUCUGCAGUUGAUCGACAAAGACAAGAAGAACAACAGCAGGCUGACACUCUCCAAAAAGAACGAAUAUUUACGAGUUAUGUUGAUGAUAUAUCAAAAUUACUGUUAACAAAAGAAGUUACGACGGAUAAUAAAGCUCUAUUAUAUAUUCGUACCAAAACUCUUUCAUCAUUACGAAAACUUGAUCCAGAACGAAAAAAACACUUGCUGUUCUUUCUUUAUGAAAGUCAAUUGCUCCAGUACGAUAAAACGAAGAAACACAGUCGUUCGAUAUUAAAUUUAGCCGGAGCCGAUUUAAACUAUAUUUAUGUAACAAAAUUAAAAAAUUUUAAUAAUUUAUCUUUGCCUGGUGUUGAUUUGAAUCAUGCGGGGUAUAUUAAUUGUCAUCUACAGAAUUCACGAUUUGCUGAUUCAACAAUGAACAAUAUUAAAUUCAUCAACUCGUUUCUGUUAGGAACACGUUUCAGCCGUUGUUCAUUAGAACGAGCUGAUUUUCGUAAUACAACACUAACUCAGGUUAGUUUUAAAAGUGCACAAUUGAGACAUGCUGAUUUUACACUAGCCUGGACAAAAGGAGCUGAUUUUACAAAUGCUGAUCUUUACGGAGCUUUGAUGAUCGAACCACAGCUUUACGCAGCUGCAUCGCUUGACAAUGCACGACUGCCAAACGGCACAUUUGCCAAAAUUCGAGAAGAAAAUUUAAUCGCAAAUGGUGCAAACCUUGGUUGUCAAACGAAAUUACCAUCACCGUGGAUAAUGGAAGGUGAUGUUAUCAUGGCAUUUCGACAUUAUCGUUCACCAUCGAAUUGUUAUUUUGGAAUAGCUAAUUUAUCCGUUUUAAAUCGUUCAUCUAUAGUGCAAUCGGUAUCACUGGACAAUUAUACUGUUUUGAUUGAUUCGGGAAAAGCUGAAUAUAAUUUUUCGAGUUUGUUCAGUGGUAAUACUCAUGCUAGAAUAGUAUUUUUUAGUAGUUCAGCAGUAAGAGCUGGUAAACAAGUAAUCCUAGAAUGGAACUGA